AUGAUGACAAGUCUGGCACAGGCCUACUCACCACAUCCAGGUGGAAUGCAACAACAUUCGGCAAUGGCUCAAGGGCAUCCGAUGGGACACAACCCGGGCCAUCCGGGACAAGCCGCUCCUGGUAUACCACAGCAGAUUCACAUGGGAGUCUCUGGACCUGGUCCCCAAGUUACUCAGGGUCAAGCAAUGAUGGCCGGAAUGCCGCCAGGUGCUGCUGGACCCAACGCUCAUGCACUACAGCAUUUAAAUACAAACCAACAACAACCACAAACCCAAAUGUUUCAACACCAAGCAAUGUUCGCGAGUAAUCCACAGCUCCAGCAAAUGCACCAACAGCAGCAGGCUCAAAUGAUGGCCCAACAGAGACAGCACCAGGCACGACAGGCCAUGCUUGCUCAACACUAUAGUGGAAUCCCCAUGAAUAUGCCUAAUGGAUUACCUGGUAUGACUCAAGCACAAUACCAAGCGUUACGAGGUCAAGCUGGUCCAAUGCGUCCUGUAAAUCUCCCUCAGCAUCUUCAGGCUGCACAGCAGCAGGCAGAGCAAAGUCUACAACAACAACAGCAACAGCAGCAGGCUCAAGCCCAAGCACAGCACCAGCAACAAAUGAUGAUGGUGCAGCAAAUGGCAAUGCAACAACAAGUGAAUGCUCAGAAUCAAGCUUCCAACAAUCAAGGGCAACCUAAUCAAAUAAAUUCACAACCAAAUCAGAACAUCCAACAGGCACAAAACGCACUCAUGCAACAGCAACAGCAACAGCAACAGCAACAACAACAACAGCAGCAACAACAACAGCAGCAGCAACAGCAGCAACAACAACAACAACAGCAGCAACAACAACAAACUCACUCUGUGGUAGCAUCACAGCAAAAUCAAGCACAACAGCAUUCUCAGUCUCAGCCAUCGCAGCCCCAGCAAAACCCACAACCAACCUCCACGCAAGUGACACCUCAACAACCCACCGCAGCAAGUAUGCAGCAACAAAUUACACCUUCAGUUAUGCAACAUCAGCAGCUUAGACAAGGUGAACGAAUUAAAGGCCAAUGCUUAAUGAAGUUAAUGGCUUUUGCCGAUCAUUUGAGUAGUUUCACAACCUGCACUAGGCCACUUGAAGCAUAUUCAGCAAAUCCUGCUCAUAGAACGGCUGCAAAAGGAGCAAAACAGCGUGACGAUUUGACCUAUUGGGUUACAUUUGUAGAGCGUUUCUUCUCAGCGAAGGGAGGUUUACGCCAUUCUGUAUGGGUUAUGGAUGAAAGGUCAAAUAAGCAAUACGAAAUAACCUAUCCAGCUCUACCGAGGUAUUUCUAUACGCAUUUUGAAAGUGGUAUUAAAGGGAUGCAGAUGGUAUUCGUUAAAGGGUCGGAGAAAGAGUUACCUAACAAUAAUUAUUACAUAGAAAGCCAAAAAUCAAGCUUCGUAUAUUGGUUUGAAAAUGGUGCACAGUUAGUCGCUUCUGGCACCCUCAAAGCUCACUUCGACGCUGAGCAGAAGAUAGAGCUCCUCGAAUUCAUUACGAGCAGUCACGAAGAGUAUUUACCUCGGACACAAGUAGUUGAGGCUGCUAGACCGUUACAUAUUUGGGGAAAAGAAUGGCACAAAGUGAAUUCUUCCCCAGAUGGUAAAAUAUCUCCUGAAAUGAAUAAAAAAAAAAUGAAGAUCAUGAAAUCUCCGUCUCAACCUCCUCCUGACAUCGAGCUUCCUGCAUCUAAAGUGAAACCAAGCAUGGGAAUAACGCACUCAGUAUUCCGAUACCUUGAGCUUACCGAAGUAAUGAUUCAGAUGAACCCCUUAUUCGCUUACUCACAUCAGAAUACCCAUUUAUCACCGUCAAAUGCCCUCGAGCAAUAUGUCGCUAAUGUGAACGUAUCAGGGAUCAGUAACCCUGGACAUCAAAAUCACACUGGGCCUCGAACACCCGCCAUGGGAAACUUUGCGAUGGGUGCAUCACCAGCACAGGCUCAACUUCAGCUUCCCGGUGGGUCACCUCAUAUUGGUAGUCCUGCUCAGGCACCUGGUAUGCAGCUCCAACAAAGUCAACAUGGGACAAGUUCCAGUGGACAGAGUGCAAAUACAAGUCCUAAUGCGAAUAAUAAACGUAGGAAACCAAGUACAAUGAAUGCAGACGACGAUAACCAGUUAAACGGAACGCUUUCUAAAACUGGAAUCAAGCCUAGUCCGAGAAUAGGCGGAAAGAGGCAGAAGGGCACUUCGUGUGUUUGA